AUGCGAGCUUCCUCUGGAGCUGCGUUGAAGGAAUCCGAGGUCUCGCGCUACGCCAGGCUCUUGCAGGAAUGCUGCUCCAGGCGCAACGUUUCCGAGGGGCGGCGGCUCCACGACGAUCUUCGCAGGUCCGGCUAUGGCGAUAGCAGCUAUCUGCGGCGCUGCGUCGUCCAGAUGUACGCCAAAUGCGGCUGCCUGGCCGAUGCCAAGGCGGCAUUCGACGAGAUCGCGGACAAGAACGACUUCGUGUGGAAUCUCAUGAUCUCUGGCUAUGCCAGGAGCGGCAAGAACAGGGAAGCUCUGGAGCUCUUCCACAAGAUGGACAUCCCGCCGAAUGGAUUCAUCUUUGCGAGCGCUCUUGCGGCUUGUGCCGGGCUGGGGGAUCUGGAGCAAGGCAGGGAAAUCCACAAGAGAGUUCUCGAGUCGCGAUCCAUCGCCAGCGACGUGGUCGUCCAGAACUCGCUGGUGACCAUGUACGCCAGGUGUGGUAGCUGUGACUAUCCCGAGCAGGCACUGGAGCUCUACCAUCGGAUGAAGAGGGAGCGCUUGGAGCCGAAUGGAUUCGUCUUUGCGAGCUUGCUCACGGCCUGUGCGUCGCUAGGUAACUUACAACUUGGUUCUUCCAUCCACCAGCGUAUAACUUCUCUUGGUUUGCAGCGUGACAUUGUCAUGGAGAACGCUCUCAUCAACAUGUACUCCAAGUGUGGCUGCAUGGACGAGGCGCUCGAGGUUUUCAGCGGGCUUGCGACCAGAGAUGUCUUUACAUGGACGUCGAUGAUCGCUGGCUAUGCGCAGCUUGGAUUCGGCAGCGAGGCUUUCGCUUUCUACGAUAGAAUGCGGCGAGAUUGCGUCUCGCCAACUUCCGCUACCUUCGUCGCGCUGCUGUCCGCGUGCUCGACGUUAGAGCAAGAUGCAGCAAAAGGACUACGUGAGCUGGUCAGCCAUGGUAACGAGCCAUGCACAGUUCGGCGACCCCGGUAA